AUGUCCGUGCAAGUUGACCAACCAACGCAAUAUGUCCAGUACAUUGGCGAUCCAAACGGGCGUGGGACCCUUUCACUCAUCAUCUCAUGUGUUCUCACACUCAUACUUUGUGUUUGGUCUGCCCUACAUCUUAACGUUCCCAGCAAAUCACAGACGGCACUGAACUCGCUUAUGGCUCAAUCUCUAUGGAUUGUUACCGGUGUUUAUGCUCCAGAACUCAUGGUCUUCACUGCUUGGCGGCAAUGGAGUUCGGCAAAGCUUCUAAGCCGUCUGGUAGAAAGACAGAGGCAUUUUGGGAAGCAGCCAUACGAUUGGCGGGAGGAACGGGCAACCGCCCCGGAUACCUUACUCCACGAGUGGACUAUGACCCAUUCUUUCUUCGCCUCGACAGGUGGGUUCGCCUUCGAGAUUGCGGACGACCGGGCUCAAUAUUUACCAAAUGGCUGUAAAAGGCUCACCCUCACGGCUCGUGGAGUCGCGCUCUUAGCAAGCUGCGGCCACCUACCCAAUAUCUCCGAAGCAGAGAUCAAGGACAAAAGCAAAGCAAACAACGUGGCCAAGGCUCUGGUCAUCAUCCAAGCCUCGCGGAUGCUUGUACAAGUCAUUGGGCGCCUUGUUGCCGCCUUACCCGUCACUCUGCUAGAAGUAAAUACAAUAGCGCAUGUGAUGUGUGCGUUUCUUAUGUACGCUAUGUGGUGGCAUAAGCCUCUGGCCCCAAAGGAACCUAUAAUACUAAGAGGUGACUGGAUAAAGCCCUUGUGUGCUUACAUGUACAUGAGCAAUGAGAUGAGUGGGGGGGUCGAUGAGAUCUCAAUCGAGUCGCAGACCGCAGUAAAGACGUUAUUCGCAUCGAUCCGUCUCUACUCCAAAGUACCUGAGAUGGAUAUAUUGUUAUUUCAUCAGUCAGUUCGGAUCGCCGAUAGCAGCGCUGUUGAUGGGUUCAGUGAUACAUCUUCGAUGACGGUUUUCAGCUUGGACUCCCCUGAUGAGCCGUGUCAGGGCGAGGCAUCAGACUACACCGGAGAACCGAACGACUGGCCGCUUCCCAUUCAAAGGCUCAUUCCAGCGGCCAAGACAUGUCUUGCAGAAGUACGAGCGAAAAGACUUGUGAAAGCAGCAAGUACGGCGUUCUUUGAGAGACCGCCAAGAGUUAAAGGCAUCGACCUUGCUGGGAGCUCUAUCUCAGAUACCUAUAUUAGAAGAUGGGCUUUAGCUACUACUGCUAUUGGAACCUACCCCGCCAUCAAAGAACAUCAUCUCUUCUACUCACAUCACGAAGGCCGAUGCCUGCAUUUCAAGUCAGAGGAGUUUUUAGUCCGCCGAGUCCGGAAUUGGCCUUCCGAUGAUCUUUUACGCGAUGUCGGCGGCUUGGUUGUGGGCAUGGUCUUGUGGCUAGCAUGUCUUGCGUACGGAGCAGUCCACCUUAGUGCAUGGAACGACCAUUUCCCCACCGUAGCAGAGCAAUGGCUUUGGCGGUCAUGCUCGUUAUACAUUGGCUUCUGCGGCGGACUCUGGAUCGUUCUGAACUACCUCGCCCAAUCAUUCGGCCCGCUUAACGCUUUCUGGGAGAAAUGGAUGGAUGGAGGAGGUAGAUGGUGGCAGAACUUCCUAAUAGGGGUACCGGUACUCGUCUGUGGGGUCUCGCUUGUUCUUGCAAGAGCAUUCAUUGUUAUCGAGGCCUUCAUCAGCAUUAGAGAGUUACCAGCAGCCGCCUACAACACCCCAACCUGGACCCAGACUCUUCGAGCUCUCUUUGAUGCAAGCGUCACCACAUACUCCACGCCCAAGUUUCUGCCGGCAGCGACACAAAACGGGCUAGCAUUCGGAUAUAGACGCUGGCCAGCAGCGUGCCUGGAGCUCAGAUCGCGUGGAUAUGUCGAAGGUGCCGCAGAGCCUCUUGGUACGGAUCGAUUGUCAGAUAGUUGGUGGAAGGACCAAGUGGCCAAGUGCACCGGUGAGGGUUUAGCUGGACACGCGGAGUUGCUUUCAACAAUGGAUGCUCGCAACUGCCUGGGAGAUAUUACAGUACCGAUGCUGAUUCUGGCACCUGCGAAAAGUAGCUUGGCAGUACUUGAAGGCUUGGACUCGCAGAGAGAGCUGCAUGAGAAAGUAGUCUGGUCAAGGCUUGAAGUGGUCGAUGGAGCUUGUCACGAGAUGUAUUCGACCGCUCAGAAGAAUAGUGCUGGGGGCUCUGCCUACAUAAACCAUGGCAACACCUGCCCAUUCCCGCCAGAUUCAACGACCCCUCCAUCCAAUUUCAACGCCGUCAAAACCCUACACCGGCCUCUGGACCUCAAAAAUCCCAAUCCAACCAUGUAUACCGUCGUGCUUGCGACUCCCAUCCUUUUGGCACUGAGUGCCGGCACUCUCGCCACGAACGCCACGAACGGCACAAACGCCCCGAACAACUCGACGACGAACCCCCCCGUUUCCAACAUGAACAUCGUCCUCUACAGCGGCCUGAACUGCAACUCCAACGGGACGGGCCUCAACACCACCAUGGCCCUGCCUUACGGCAACCAAACCAUACCCUACAUCAACAACGCGCUCAUGCCGGUCUUAUCCUAUAGCCUCAGCCGAGCCACCACCCUUCGGGAACAGCUCGACUUCAGCGGGCCCACGGCGGGCAUGGGCGCCGUCAACGGCGAUCCGGAGCAGUGCACGUUGUUCCACGAAACGACGAGCCCGAAUUCGAAUGGGAACACGUUGAACCCGAAUCAGUGUUAUGGUCUGCUCCUUGGACCGGCACAGGCUAUCAUUUCGCACCUUUUACCAGGCACAGAGAUCAAGCUCAACCUGCUACGCUUGUUGUUCAUUGCCGUCUCCUUGAAGAAUCCAGGCCGUCAAGAAUCGACUUAA